AUGAGGAAGGUGGCUGUGGGGGCAGCGGUGGUGUGCGCGGCGGCGGUAUGUGCUGCGGCGGCGCUGGUGGUGCGCCACCGAAUGAAGAGCUCCGGGCGGUGGGCCAAAGCCAUCUCCAUAUUAAAAGAGUUGCAAGAGAAGUGUGAGACCCCGACGGGAAAGCUCUGCCAGGUGGCCGACGCCAUGACGGUAGAGAUGCACGCCGGACUCGCCUCCGAAGGCGGUAGCCAUCUCAAGAUGAUCAUCAGCUACGUCGAUAACCUACCCACCGG